CGAAGCUUACCCUUGUCUUGACAUUAGUUCUCAUUUUUCGAAUAGAAUACAAGUCUAGAACUUGUCACUUUUAUGUUGGUUUUGUAAGCACUCUAGCUCUGUGUUGCAAUCUCAUUAGUAUCAUUAGCAAAAUUAUGGGGUUACUUAGCAGGACAGGGCCAUCUGGGUUCUCAGCCUCUUCCACAGCAGAGGAAGUUACUCAAGGGAUUGAUGGAACUGGUCUUACCGCCAUCGUUACAGGAACCACAAGCGGUCUUGGUUUAGAGACAUCGCACGUUCUUGCAUUGCGUGGUGUCCAUGUAGUUAUGGCAGUAAGGAACACAAAUGCAGGGGAAAAUGUCAAAGAAGCAAUCCUACGUUCCAGUUCUACGUACGAUUUACCAAUUCACGUGUACGUUACAUUAACCAUCUAAUUUGGAGCUUAGUUUUCAUCUCACAAUAUUUUGCUGGAGACUAUGAAAGGCACAUCGCGCAGCGCAAUAGGGAUGAAUUGUUACUGCAUCAACACUAGGUCACAUAUUUUGAAGGAGUUCGUUAAUUAUUGAUGAAGUAUUCAAGGUAAUUUAAUCAUUCAUUAACUAAGCCGGCCAAUGUAAAAGAACCUGGAGUAUUUCCAAUUUGAAAUCUUGUUGGACUAGACACUGGAGUAAACAUGCAGACAACAAGAAAGGAGGAAAUGUGAAGCAAUAUCCUCAUUUAUAUAAAGAGGCCGGCCAACAUGAUUUGCUUACUGGCAUAAAGCAAAGAAUAAGCUCAUACUUAGAGUAAGACAAGGACUGAAUCUAAAUUUCGACCAAGACAACAGAGACCGAAAAUAUGUUCAACUCUUUCUAACAGCAAGAAAGGACCAUCUGGAUUUUCUGCUUUUUCGACAGCAGAGGAGGUUACUCAUGGGAUUGACGGAACUGGUCUUACUGCCGUAGUCACAGGAGCUUCAAGUGGUAUUGGCGUAGAGACAUCACAUGUCCUUGCUUUGCGUGGUGUCCAUGUAGUUAUGGCAGUAAGGAACAUUGAUGCUGGGAAUAAUGUUAAAGAAGCAAUACUUAAGGACAUUCCCACUGCUAAAAUUGAUAUCAUGGAAUUAGACCUCAGCUCUUUAGCAUCUGUAACAAAAUUUGCAGCGGACUAUAAUUCUAAAGGCCUUCCACUGAACAUCCUUAUUAACAAUGCAGGGGUUAUGGCAACUCCAUUCAAGCUUUCUCAAGAUAACAUAGAACUUCAGUUUGCUACGAACCAUUUAGGUCAUUUUCUCCUCACAAAUCUUCUCUUGGAGACAAUGAAACACACAUCGCGAGAGAGCAGAAUAGAAGGAAGAGUUGUUAAUGUAGCAUCUUUAGGCCAUAAAUUUGGGUAUCCGGAAGGAAUUGUUUUCGAUGAAAUCAAUGAUGAAUCAAGGUACAACAAAUAUCGUGCAUAUAACCAAUCCAAGCUUGCUAACAUAUUACAUGCUAAUGAGCUUGCAAGGCGUUUAAAGGAAGAAGGUGUGGAGAUAACUGCUAAUUCUCUUCAUCCCGGAGAUAUUUACACAAAUCUUUUACGCAAUGUUCAUAGCUUUUUUCAAUGUUUUUUUAAGACGCUGUCCCUGCUGGGUAUAUUUAUGUCAAAAACCGUUGAGCAGGGAGCGGCGACAACAUGCUUUGUGUCACUUCAUCCACAAGUAAAGGGAGUAAGCGGGGAAUACUUUUCAGGGUGCAACAUCACCAAACCGAGCUCUCAGGCAAAAGAUGGAGAUGUGGCCAAGAAACUCUGGGAAUUUAGCUUGAGUUUGACCGAUCGAAAGUGUACUAAUACGAGGUUAUUUUAGUGUGUUCGAUGGUUCAUCUUCACAUUUGUACUGUAUUUGUAAUUCAAAACCAGUUUGGACUAGGAAGUUAAGUAACAUGAAAUGUAGUAGUCCUCAUUCCAUAAAGA